AUGCACCACACAAGGAAGUACCACUGUAAGUACCACUGUAAGUACCACUGUAAGUACCACUGUAAGUACCACCGUAAGUACCACCGUAAGUACCACCGUAAGUACCACCGUAAGUACCACCGUAAGUACCACCGUAAGUACCACCGUAAGUACCACCGUAAGUACCACCGUAAGUACCACCGUAAGUACCACCGUAAGUACCACCGUAAGUACCACCGUAAGUACCACUGUAAGUACCACUGUAAGUACCACCGUAAGUACCACCGUAAGUACCACCGUAAGUACCACCGUAAGUACCACCGUAAGUACCACUGUAAGUACCACCGUAAGUACCACCGUAAGUACCACUGUAAGUACCACUGUAAGUACCACUGUAAGCACCACUGUAAGUACCACUGUAAGUACCACCGUAAGUACCACCGUAAGUACCACUGUAAGUACCUAGAAGUACCACUAACGUCAGGACUAAUGGCCGUCGAAAGCUCAGAGACGGUGAGCCUUAUGUGGUUGGAGGCGUGUUUCCUGCGCCCCCCUGCAGAUGCGGCCGGACACUGGGCGCUCUCCUUCAGUCCAGAUCAAGCUCUCGUGCCCCACGCUGAGACAACAGACUGUGUCACAUCCAGGCUGCACUGA